AUGUUUGAGGAAAAUAAAAAGGAAAAGACAUUCAAAGAAUCAAUGGGUACAAACCCAAGCCCUCAUAAAUCUAUUGUCAAGGAUGAUGGUGCUGAAAGCAAUGUGGUUGAGAUUGAGAGUUUUAAGAACGACCCUGCGAGAAUCGAGGCAAUGACAGUUCAACAACUCAGAACAACACUGAGAAAUGCUGGGGUUUCUGCCAAAGGCCGUAAAUUUGAACUUGUGGCUGCCUUGAAGUGCUUUUUGGAAAAGAAGAAAGAUGGUGAAGGUUCCCUGGUAAUAGAAGAACAAGUAGCCUCCACUUGUGUUGAAAAUGCAUCAGAGAAAACUGAGGCUGAAACAUCAUCUGAUGGAGACCAAGUUCAGAAUGUCCCUGUUUCGGAGGUUGGUGAACUUCAACGUUACAAGAGAAGGUUAAACCAUUUGUCAGUUAAGAGUGAAACUGUGAUAGGCUAUAGCAAGGUUGCAACGAAAAAGGAGAAGUUGUCAAUUGAAUCAGAAGACCUUUCAGGUCAGAAGCUCUUGGGGACAAGAAAGAAAACAUCUUCAGAAACUAUUAAUUUUGAUGUCAAAACUGAUGAUAAAGUAGCUGAGCCAUGGACAGUUCUUGCGCAUAAGAAACCUCAGAAAGAUUGGAUUCCUUAUAAUCCUAGAACCAUGAAACUUCCACCGCUUGCUAAGGAUACUCAAUUUUUGAAGCUUAUGUCUUGGAAUGUCAAUGGUUUAAGGGCAUUAUUGAAGUUAGAGGGAUUCUCUGCUUUGCAGCUAGCCCAAAGGGAAGAUUUUGAUGUACUGUGUUUGCAGGAGACCAAACUGCAGGAGAAGGAUGUUGAAGAUGUGAAAAGGUCUCUGAUAGAUGGGUAUGAGAAUAGCUUCUGGACAUGUAGUGUUUCCAAGCUUGGUUAUUCAGGAACUGCAAUUAUUUCAAGGAUAAAGCCACUUUCAGUCAGAUAUGGCAUUGGCAUAUCAGAUCAUGAUAGUGAGGGGCGGAUUAUAACAGCAGAGUUUGAUUCAUUUUAUCUGAUAACUGGAUAUGUUCCUAAUUCUGGAGAUGGUUUGAGAAGACUGUCAUACAGGAUUAAUGAAUGGGAUCCAUCUCUCAGCAAUUACAUGAAAGAGCUGGAAAAGUCAAAACCUGUCAUUUUAACAGGUGAUCUGAAUUGUGCUCAUCAAGAGAUAGAUAUUUAUAACCCAGCUGGAAACAAAAGAAGUGCUGGGUUUACAGAUGAAGAAAGGCAAUCCUUUGGUUCAAACUUUUUAUCCAGGGGAUUUGUGGAUACCUUUAGAAGGCAACACCCUGGUGUUGUUGGCUAUACUUACUGGGGUUAUCGACAUGGUGGACGCAAAUUUAAUAGAGGCUGGCGGCUUGACUACUUCCUCGUCUCGGAAUCCAUAGCUGACAAGGUUCAUGACUCGUACAUUCUGCCGGAUAUAACUGGCAGCGAUCAUUGUCCUAUAGGCCUUGUACUUAAGCUGUAG